AUGUUUAAAUUAAAUCCUAAAAAAGUACUUAUCAAAACUCCUACCAUUUAUGAUUAUCAGGCUAAUCUACCAGUUGAAGUAAAUAAACCUAUUUAAUCUAGACUAGAAAAGCUAUUGUUUUACAUGUCAUGAAUAAACAUCCUCAACUUAAAAUCAAAGGAGGUAAUACUAUGACUAAUCCUUACAAAAUUCCUUAUGAAUUGGCAAUUGCAGAUUAAAUAGAACAAAUGGAAAAAUAUAAAAAUUCUAUUCUCUGGUCUCCAAGGAUGACACCUAAAAAAUUCACUUUUGCUUUUAUCUAUCCAAUGGGAUUUGCACUUGUUUUACUUUGGUAUAUUCAUAAUGUUGCCAUCCCAAGAAGAAUGGUUGAAAUGAAAAGAAAAUAUGGAUAUGUCUAUCCAGAAUUAGAAUCAAAAGGAUGGCUAGAUGGAUGGUGGGAUUAUGAAUAAGAAGAAACAGAAUAAAUUUUUGAUAUUAUCAACAUGGAAUUCAAAAAAACAGAAGAUAAAGUCAAAAACAAAUAAUAUACUGAUUUUACCAUUUCUGAUCUUCAAAAUUUUGGCAACAAACCCACUUAUGACAAUUCUAAAUAGACUUCUAAUCUUACAUAAUCUGGAAAAUAAAUUAUGUAAGUUAAAGAAAAAUAAAAAAUCCAAUCCUAAUUUGAAAAGAUCUUUGAGCUACAAACAAAAACAUCAUCAUAAUGAUUCUAUCCUCC